GCAGGGCCGGCUUGAGACGUUGCCCCCUCCACAGCCAGGCAGCUCCCCCCGCCCCCCAGGAGCCGAGCCGCGUCUGACUCCCAUUGGCCGCCUCCCUCCUCCAUGCGCAGCAGAAAAAGAGAGAGAGAGAAAAAAAGCCUCUUCCCGCCCGCCCGCUCCCUCCCUCUCGGACUCUGCCGCAUUCGCUCCUGCGACGGGAGAGACCCACGGCUGCAGCAUGGCCACCCCCACCGAGGCACCUAGGCACGAUGGCCGUGGACACCAGGAUCCCUUCUCCUAUGACUAUGACACCCUGCGCAUGGUCGGCCUCGUCCUGGCCAUUGUCAUGUUCGUGCUGGGCAUCCUGACAGCGCUGAGUAAGAAAUUCAAAUGUAAAAAGUCCGACUCCAGCCUAUCGGAGGCCAGGCAACCGGGAAAGACCCCAACUCCAGCAGGCAGCGCGUAGGCCUGGUGCCUGGGAUGUAGCGCCCCCCUCUGGUUGGGGGGUGCAGACCCUGCUGCCCCCCCCUCGCCCAGGACGGCUCCAAGACCUCGGCUCCAGCGCCCGGCGACAUCCGUGGGGGCAGGGAAGGGGAAGCCCUGUUAUCUGAGCCCCCGUCUUUUAGAACCUCUGCCUCCAAUUGGCUGGCGAGCCCAUUGCAUGCUGGGAGCAGGCACCAUAUGCAGGGAAGGGGGGGUCCCUUAGUCUCACUUGGCCCCUCCAUCUUGAUCCACUGGGUCCCCUUCACUUCCUGUCCCCCCCAGCGCAUGUGACCCCCCCAUGCCAUUACUGCUUUGCUUACGGCACCCCCCUCCCCGCUGCAUCGGGGGGGUGCUCCAUGUGGGGGGAAUGGCCACACACCACCAACACCCCCCCCCCAGGCCCAGACACGGGCCCCACCUGGGCAGGGGGCCCUGGGCCAGCAGCUGGAUGCUGACAAGGUGCUGCUUUCGUGACGUGUUUUCAGCUGCCCCCAGGGGGCGCCACCCUGUGGCUGCCCCCCCACCCCCAUGCACGGGGCAGAGCAGACCUAGCGCUCAAUAAACAUAGGGUUGUUUCUUA